ACAUAGCUUGUUAGACCAAACAUACCAUUACAUCAUGUCAGAAAAGCAUCGUCCCAUUGAUGGAGUGGCAGGUAAUCUUCAUGUCAACCUCAAUCAUGCUGCAUUUGAUGAAGAAAACAACGGGUUUCUACCAUAUACAGACCUUGAUAACAAACCACUUUCGCCACGUCCCUUACAACCAGAGGAAAAAACCACGACGCCGUCUGGCAAACUCGAUGCCAAGGAUCGCAAGGCCUUCUUUAUACUAGUAAUGUUGUACUGUCUCCAGGGUGUUCCUGUUGGAUUAGCAUUUGGCUCGAUCCCCUUCAUAUUGAAAUCCAAAUUGUCAUAUUCUCAAGUGGGGUUAUUUUCCCUCGCCGCAUAUCCUUAUUCGUUAAAAUUAAUAUGGUCUCCUUUUGUGGAUUCGAUAUAUCUGAAGAAAUGGGGAAGGAGAAGGUCUUGGAUUAUCCCAAUUCAAACAAUUUCAGGGUUAAUGUUACUCUCAUUAGGUUAUGUGAUUGACGAUUUGUUGGAGGAUGCUACAAAGUAUUUGUUCCAGAUUACCAUUUGUUUCUUUAUGCUUGUUUUCUUUUGUGCAACUCAAGAUAUUGCUGUUGAUGGGUGGGCAUUGACUUGUUUAUCACCAGGAAGUUUGAGUUUCGCAAGUACAGCCCAAACCAUAGGGAUAAACACGGGUUACUUUAUGAGUUUUACCAUUUUCCUUGCAUUAAGUUCUCCUGAUUUCACCAACAAGUAUUUAAGAUCAAUUCCUCGCGAUGACGUAGGGUUGUUUUCAUUAGGUCAAUACCUUACAUUUUGGGGAUGGAUGUACCUUGCGGUUACCUUGAUUGUGGUGUUGUAUGUGCCAGAAGACCCCCCACAUUUGGUCAAGAUCAACCAAGAUAAGCGUGUUCAAGAGAAGAUUUCUCAACAACAAGGAGUUUACAAUAGUAACAAAUGGAAGGAAUUACAAAGUGUUUAUUUAUCAAUGUAUAAGGUAUUGCAAUUACCCAAUGUUCAAACGUUUGUUGUGAUAUUGUUAAUCCUGAAACUUGGUUUUCAAGUUAAUGAAGCAGCUACUAAUUUAAAACUUCUUGAAAAGGGAUUAUCCAAAGAAGACCUUUCCAUUACUGUGCUUAUUGACUUCCCAUUUGAAAUGAUUUUCGGGUACUAUGCUGCUACAUGGAGUACAGGAAAAUCUCCAUUAAGACCAUGGAUUUGGGGAUAUAUAGGUAGACUUGUCGCCGCUAUGCUUGCCCAGCUUGUGGUGUACUUCUAUCCUAAAUCAGGUAAAAUCGGGACUGGAUACUUUAUUGCAAUCAUCCUUCAACAUUUACUUGGAUCAUUCAUGUCCACGAUUCAAUUCGUUUCCCUUUGUGCCUUCCAUACCAAAAUUGCCGAUCCAGAAAUUGGUGGCACUUAUAUGACCACUUUGAACACAUUAUCUAAUUAUGGAGGUACAUGGCCUCGAAUUUUCAUAUUCUUAUUAAUCGACAAGAUAACAGUCUCACAUUGUUUAUUAUCAGAUCACCCAUUCUUAAUCAGCAAUGACGUGGCCAAAGAAAGAUGUUUGGAAGAUGGUGGGAUAAUUACGAUUGUUCGUGAUGGAUAUUUCUAUACAAAUGCUGGAUGCAUUUUAUUAGGGUUGCUUAUAUUGGCAUGGGUUAAACGAAAGGCUACACACUUGCAAAGUUUACCUAAUUCUGCAUGGAGAGUGACAAAGGCUAGCUGAGUAGCUUCUAUAGACUUGGAUUGUACUAUUUAGUUUCAUUAUACAUUAUAGACUUGAUUCUGUCCAGUGGUUGUGAAGAGAAUAAAGCAGAAAAGAUUUCUUGAUUCAUAACUUUAUUACCUAAUAUACCCCAUCUGAUUGU